UUACAAACACUGAGGACUGAAUCGCUUAAAUAAUCUACUGUAUACGGAAACUAAUACGAACGUAUCGCACACAAAAGAGGCAAUUCAAAGAGAAAUAGCAUUAUAUUGAGGAAAAGGAGUACUACUCAGACAAAUUCAUUUUAACUGGAUAUCAUUUUUCUCCUUCUUAGAGGCUACAUUCAACAGAUUCCAAUGUGUGACCUCAGCAUGGACCAAGUGACCCCAUUGACUUCUGGCUAUCGCGUCUCACUUAAACGCCAAAUAGCCUUUGAUGUAUUUGAGGAUCCUAUGUCAUUGUUCUCUGGAUAUCAGUUGCCCCUGGAUGAUGAACAGUCUGUCCAGGAGGUGCCCUCAGGACUCGACUGUGUUUCUCAUGAUGUUGGGCCGUGCUCGGUGCCACUGCUGACACCAUGCAGUAAGGCUGUUAUGAGUCAGGCUCUGAAGGACAGCUUUAAUGGAUUCUCCAAGGUUCAGCGCAUCUGCGGAAUUUCCAAUGAUCCACACAAGUGGACCAAACAGCAUGUUUUGCAGUGGCUGCACUGGGCCUCCAGUGAGUUCAGCCUGACCAAUGUAAACUUUUUCAAAUUUGACAUGCAUGGUCAAGAACUUUGUGACCUUGGCAAGGAGGGUUUCUUGGAGUUGGCACCAGACUUUGUUGGUGAUAUUCUGUGGGAACACCUGGAUCAGAUGAUGAAAGAUUGUCAAGAAAAGGAUGAAGCCAAGAUUCUCAGCCGUCCUGUGUCAUCCGAGUCCAACUGGCUGUGCAACAACUCUGUCGAUUUUAGUUUGGAGGACACUCAGUGUGCUCUCCAGGUUCCUGAGGCUACCGGCAACAGUCUGCUGAGGGAACUGUUUGAGACCCCGGACAAAUCACCACUCCUUUUGCCCAGUCAGGAAUUCUCCAUGUUCCCCAAACCCCAGCUGAGUACUGUGAACGUCAGUUACAGCUCGUCUAACCAGGACAUUACUGGGACAAACACAGUCUCUAUGCUCUCCAAAGCCUUCUCAUCACAUGAACAAGCAUCUUUGGAGAGUAUUGAUAGUUUCGAUGGAACCGAGUCUCUGCUCCGUUCCUGGGGUAGUCAGUCAUCACUCGCUGAUGCACAGCGGGUACCCUCUCAUGACAGCUUUGAUGAUGAGUACAAUGCUGCUCCACUUAGUCUUGGCAAACAAGGCCUAUCCUUCAAAGACUAUGUGCAAGAGAGAAAUGAACCUUUGGAGCAGGGUAAACCGGUUAUCCCUGCAGCUGUUCUGGCUGGAUUCACAGGAAGUGGCCCCAUUCAACUAUGGCAAUUCCUGCUGGAGUUGUUGACCGAUAAAACCUGCCAGUCUAUCAUUAGUUGGACUGGGGAUGGUUGGGAGUUCAAACUCACAGAUCCUGAUGAGGUGGCUCGACGCUGGGGCCGGCGAAAGAACAAGCCCAAAAUGAACUAUGAGAAGCUGAGCCGUGGUCUUCGUUACUACUACGACAAAAACAUCAUCCACAAGACGUCGGGAAAGCGUUACGUGUAUCGAUUCGUCUGUGACCUGCAGAACCUGCUGGGUUACUCUGCUGAGGAGCUUCACAUCAUGUUGGGAGUCCAGCCCGACACAGAGGACUGAACGAAAACACUUACCUCUAAGUGGGAGCAAAGGUGACGGAGCUGAAAAAAAAACCCCACAGUAGGAAUAUACUCUAAUGGUACAGACCUUGUCAUGGUCUCCAUUUGUGGUGAAUGAGCUGGAUUCACCAUGUCGACUACACUGAGAGUCACUUGCCUGGUUGAGAGAGAGAGCGGACGGUAGAUUCUUGACUCAGGGGAGUCGGCCUCUGACGUGAUCUUGUGUAUCAUGGUCUUGCGGGCAUUUGUUGACUGGAACUCCACCAGACUGUCGGAUUUUUUUUUUUUUUAAAUUACAUGCAAAUGAGCAAAUUUCAGAAUUGAGAUUUAAUACAGA